AUGAAUAAACUGUAUUGGAACCGCAAGCGUGAAUGGGACUCAAGAGACAGCAAAGAACUAACACCUGGCCAAUCAGAAGAUACAUGUCAAACAGAAUGUACAAUAAAAUCCAUCUUUGCUCGGCGAUUUUCAGGGAUUCCAGGAUCGAAUGGCAUACCAGGAAUGCCGGGAAUUCCUGGGUCCCCGGGAUUGCAAGGACAACAGGGAAAAGAUGGAGCCAAGGGAGAGCCUGGUGUCAAGGGACCAAGAGGCAUGAUAGGGACAAGAGGAGAAAAAGGAAAUCAAGGGUCACCUGGUAAAAAUGGUGCACCUGGAAUGAUGGGAAUAAAAGGAAAUAAAGGCAAUGAAGGGUCACAUGGUAGCAGUGGACCGCCCGGAAUGAAGGGUGUGAAAGGAGGACUGGGGCCUAAGGGAGAGAAAGGAGAAAGUGUGAAUAGUGCAGUGUCACAGACCAACUGGAAACAGUGUGUGUGGAAAAAAGGUGAUGACAGAGAC